CUCGGUCGUGAUAUGCGACCAUAGCAUCCCAACCAGCCAGCUUAAACGGUUCACCAGCCCAUCCAUGUCGACCAAAUACGCCUUCGCCUCCGCCCUCAGGGAGGUGCGAUUCCUCUUCUGCCAGACUUCAGAGCACAGCGCAGCCACUCGGGCAUUCCUGACACGGUCAUACCCUGUGAUGAAGAAGCACAACCCCCAGACUCCGAUAAUGUUGCGUGAAGCAGCCGGCACUCUUCCGAAGGUCUAUGCGAGAUACGACUUUGGCGUCGAGAAGGCGAAGAGCCUCGAGGGGCUGUCGGACAAGGAGAUCGAGGACACCGUAACCGGUCUUGUCAAGACCGGCGCAUGAGAAUGGAUACAGUGUAUCCCCUUGGAAAUAGGGAAUGAGGAAUAUGAGAGGUUCUGUAUUAUACCGGCCGAAUUAGAAACGAACCGACUCUAUCCGCGUCCACCUGAUGAGGAGGGAGAUCCGGCUGUGGAACCGCGAAUAUAUUAUGGUGAGCCAAGGCGACUCAUGACGGAGCAGCAGUCACGACACCGUAUGAUAAGAACGGAAUGCGAGAAAAGCAGUUCCCAGCGCAUUUCAUUCUAGGUAUUGCAGCAGCUUAGUCGGGUCGACUGUCUAACAGCCAACCAUGUUGGAACCUCUUCUUGCUCGUAACAUGGAACGUCUCAAAGCUCGGCCAAAUCCUUCACAUAAAGCGUUAUCUCCUAGCUAGACCACCUCAGGUAGCUGUACUCACUUAUCUCACUUGUGCUAAC